AUGUCUAUGCCGCGCGCUGUUCGCGCGCUGGUGCCAGCGGCGGCGGCUAAGCGCCUCGCAUUUGUCUCUCGCUUCGCGUCCACGUCCGCUCCAGCCUCCUCUACCGCCGCGCGCAGGCCAUCGCGGCCGGCCGGGGCCGUCAAGACCGCGUCACCCGCACAGACAUCCUCCUCCUCCUCUGCGAGUCGGCCCAUCCACUCUACGCGCACAGCCGCUGCCGCCCGCAGUGCCUCACCCGCAUCAGCUGCCACACCCGCACCAGCUGCGACACCGGCCGAACCAGCCAGCCCAGACACCGCGCCGUUCGACCCGACUGCGCCACCCCUCCCCGAUGCCGCCGGCCCUGCCCAGGGCCCGGCGGCCGACCCCAAUGCCCCGGCCGUCGAUUGGUCCGCGUCGUUCCAUGGCCUGUCGACCACGCCCUUUGCGCCCGAGGUGGCCCGCGUGCUCAUGACGCCCCUCGACCCCGAGGACAUUGAGAUCAAGCCCGACGGCAUCAUCUACCUGCCGGAAAUCAAGUACCGCCGCAUCCUCAACCUGGCCUUUGGCCCCGGUGGCUGGGGCCUGGCGCCGCGCGGCGAACUGGCCGUGGGCGAAAAGGUGGUCUCGCGGGAGUUUGCGCUGGUGGUGCACGGCCGGUUUGUCGGCCAGGCGCGGGGCGAGUGUGCGUACUUUGGCGGCGAGGACGGGGUGGCGACGGCCGGCGAGGGCAGCAAGUCGAAUGCCAUGAUGCGGUGCUGCAAGGACCUGGGCGUCGCGUCGGAGCUCUGGGACCCGCGGUUCAUCCGCACCUUCAAGAAGCAGUACUGCCGCGAGGUGUGGGUGGAGCACGUCGUCACCAAGAAGAAGCGGCAGAUUUGGCUGCGCAAGGACUCGCCGCCGGUGUAUCCGUAUGCGCUGGCGACGGCGACGUCUUCGAGCACAUCCAAGGUGGUGCGGUAG